CCCGCUGGCGUUAUAUGCACGUUCGUGCGCGUUGCGACAUUUCCCGCCAAGCGGCGUAAGAAAUGUCUACUGAAAGGAAGUAUACGUACACAGCUGCACGUGUCAAGGCUAUCGGUGGUCAAAGACCCGUUACGUCACCAGUUGUCGCGCCCCACAGCUGGUGUCGCUGUCUUCUGCGAUGAACUAACAAGGCGAACACGCCAGCUGCGUUCGGAUGGUCACUCAGUCGCGUAGGGCACACACACACACAAAAAGAGGAUCGCUUCAAAAACGCCCCUUUCCGAUCGCCGAGAGCUUACCGAAAACGAGGCCAUUGCCAUGGUUACCGGAAACUCGGAACGCGGUCGCGACCCCGCCGCCGGGCGGGUCAACUACGAGGUCGACCCGGUCGUGGUGGACGGAGUGACCUUCCUGCCAUUCACCGGACGUCCGGAUGGCGCGCGAGGCCCUGAGCUACGAGCCGCGCCCGGGUGACGUCAUUCUGGCCACGUUUCCCAAGAGCGGCACCACGUGGUGUCAGUACCUCGUCUGGGGCAUCCACAACCUGCAAGCCGUGGAGGGAGGGCGCAUGCCGCCGGUGCAGGACUUGCUGACAAAGCACUUUCCCUACAUCGACCUGCUGGGCACGUCAUCGACGCUGGCCGACCGUCCUCCUCCGCGCUUCAUCAAGACCCACCUGCCGGCCGAAGUGCUGCACCGGCCGAGCGGCGCCAAGUACGUGGUGUGCCUGCGCAACCCGUUCGACGUGGCGGUCUCUUUCUUCCACAUGCGCUACGGCCGACGUCACCUGACGCACCUGCCGCCGGAUUACGGCUUCGACCACUUCCUUGACGAACUGCUCAGCGCCGGGAUGGUCGGGGGCAACCCGUUCCAGCACGCCCGCGCCUGGUACGACCGCAGCAAGGGCCACGACGAUGUCCUUGUCGUCUACUACGAGGUCCUGAAAAAAGAGCCCCGAAAGGUCGUCCUAGAACUCGCCAAGUUCCUUAACGCCGACGCCGCCGCGAGGCUUGAGACCGAACGGGGCCUCCUGGAGCGACUCCUGGAGCAGACGUCGAUCGAGAGGCUCCGGGAGCUGACCGGCGGCGCGGAGAACUUCGCCGAGGGCGACUUCUCGCGUCAGCACCCGACGGCGGCGUUGUUUCGCAAGGGCGUCGUCGGGGACUGGCGAUCCCUCUUCGACCGGGACCAGGAACGCCGGUUCCGGGAGGCCUACGACGUGGCGCUAGCGGGCACCGAGAUGCACGACUUGUGGGCCGAGUACGUCGCGCCGUCGACGUGAUCUAGUGUGUGAGACUUCGUAGAAGGCCACUGAGCAUAAAGCGCAUAAGUGCACCUAA